AUGCUGCGAACCAAGACAGGGUGUCUGAUCUGCAGGCGGAGGCGUAAGAAAUGCGAUGAAAGCAAGCCUCGAUGUGAGCGAUGCAUCAAGUCCGGCCGUCAGUGCCACUGGCCUUCCGCAGGGCAGCACCUAGACAAACGACAUCGCUUCCGGUCCCACGAAUCACCCCAUGAGCCAUCGAGGGCUGGACGGUUUGCCUAUAGGGAUACUGCGCCAUGUGAACUACCCUGUACAAUUCCAUGUCACCGACAGUUGAGCAUAGCGCGGGUGUUCGACUCCGAUUCGGAAUCACGCCUCCUGGCCCAUUUUGUAGAGAGGCUUUGUCCCUUGCUAUUCUUGACCACCGGUCAUCCAGCAUUUCAGGGUGACUGCAUCUCAUACGGGAUAGAGUUAAGUAUUCGAUUUGAAGCAGCCCGGACGGGCGUGUUGGCAUGCAGCGCCCUACACUUAUACAGCCUCACUCUGGACAGGCGACUGAAAGCAGUGGCCCUCAAUUACUACUCUGCGACGGUGUCUAGUGUCUAUCGGGUUUUUCAGAGUAUCAAUACGGCUACCUGCCCCAAAGAUUUCUUUACGUCCUGCGACGGAAGAUACGAUGCGCUGAUGCUUUCGAUUGUGUCACUUUAUCUUUACGGGCAUUUGACCGGAGAGUCCGACUAUGGUCAAGAUAUCGCCCAACAUGUAGUCGGAGCAAUGCAGUUGCUGCGUUCGCGUCUCGCAUUGAAGGGAAUCAACCGCCCAUUCGACUGGGUGAUUGCCGAAAGUAUUUUCUACCAACUAUUCAUGCUCUCGGUCCGGUACGCUAGUGACUGGACAUUACGAGUUGACGAGGAAAUUUGGAAUGAAGCGUUUCGUUGUUCCAUUUUUCCUGACUCGCCUCCAAUAGCCAACAGACCUAUCCUGGGCAUUCCCGUGUCUCUUUGCAGAUUCAUUGCCCGAAUCGCACGGCUUUGCCAUGGCCCUCUGCCACAUUAUAUACCCGAGUUCGUAUCACUUUUGCAGCACGAAAUGCGCGAUUGGGAGAGCUGGCUACUUCCGCUUGAUUCUUCUGAUAGAGCAGUUUUUUAUAAUGCGGUCCCCAUCGAACCGAACCCGGUGGAUGAUACGACUGUGAUGUACGUUUUGGCUGCGUCCAUUCUUCUGGAAAGGUUCAGCACAUUACCGGAUGGCUUGAGCUUAGAAACUUCUUUCCAAUCGAAUUUUGGCCCUUCAAAACGACGAGAGCAUGCGCUAGGACUAGUGCGCCAGCUGAUUCUAGAUGUGAGAUGGGCAAAAAACUACCUUGCGGCGUGGCCCACAAUGAUCAUUGGGACUCUAGUCGAAACCGAGGAAGAUGCUUCACUCCUGAAGCAAGACUCUGACCAGCGCCAGAUAGUAGCCGCGAGAGGGGAAGGCAUUUUCCUAAAGCCUAGGGCUCUUGAUCUUUGGCAAGGUUGA